ACUCAAAGCUAGUACUUAGAGACGCGGGUUCUAUUAAAUCUCCUGCCAGGCCAAUAUGCGUACCCAACCCCCUCCCAUCUACUUAUGCCUCAGUUUCCUCAGAUUCCGGUGGGUUUUUAAGGACCCUCUCAACUUUGGGGCUGCAGAGUCACCUGGGCUGAACAUCAACUCCAGAAGCCUUUCUGAUGCGCGUACUUCGCAAAGCGAAGUUAUAGAAAGGCAGCAAUCAAGCUCUCUUCCCGAAGGAGCUCGCCCUCUACUACAAGGGGAAUGCAUCCAAGGCCAAACACAACAUUCGGAGAGAUCCGAGGACAACUGGGCUUUACUGUUACUAAUGAGCUUUGUGUCCGUUGGCAAGCUACUUCGCGUCUCUGGGCCUCAGUUUCCCCAUCUGUAAAAUGAGGAUCUCCAGAGUCCUGUUUAAUUCUGUCGUUCUCCUAGUCUGCGGAUCCUGGAAGGGAGCGGGGCGGGCCUUUCGCCAGCACCAGGAAGGAGCGGGACAGAAUGCGGGGUUAGGGACAGCCCCUGGAGGAGUCCCACACCACCCGCAUUCUACCCCCUCCCCGCCCCAGGCCCUACGGGGCUCGUGGGCGGGGCGAGCUCCGGCCCCCUGGGCUACCCCGGCUCCUCCCCCCAGGCGCUGGGCGCUCUUAGUUGGCAGCUCUGGGAGUCCGGCCCGGGCAGACAGGGGAGCAGUGCUAUGGGCUGCCACGGCCACAUCUCGGGCUUGUUCCGCCGCAACCUGCAGCCCACGCUCACCUACUGGAGCGUCUUCUUCAGUUUCGGCCUCUGCAUGGGCUUCCUGGGGCCCACGGUGUCCGACCUACGCUGCCAGACCCACAGCUCGCUGCCCCAGAUCUCCUGGGUUUUCUUCUCGCAGCAGUUCUGUCUUUUGCUGGGCAGCGCUCUGGGGGGCUUCUUCAAGAAGACGCUGGCCAAGUCACUGUGGGUCCUCUUCACUUCAUCUCUGACCAUCUCACUAGUGUUUGCUGUCAUCCCCUUCUGCCAAAAUGUGGUGGUGUUGGCUAUAGUCAUAGCCAUAGCUGGUAUGGCCAUGGGAUUCAUAGAUACAGUGGCCAACAUGCAGUUGGUGAAGAUCUACCAAAAGGAUUCUGCUGUCUUCCUCCAGGUUCUUCAUUUUUUCGUGGGCUUUGGUGCCUUUUUGAGCCCCCUCAUCGCUGACCCUUUCCUUUCUGAAAAUGAUUGUCUGCCAACCAAUGCCACGAACCAUGACAGAGACAGCUCCCAUUUCCAAAAAAUCUUGACACCCCACCAUGCUCAGCCCAACUUGACCCACCAUGAGCUGCCUGCCCAUGCUUGGGUAGGGAAUCAGAUGUCUUAUGCCUUCUGGAUCAUGGCCUUGAUCAAUCUGCCAGUGCCCAUUUCAGUUCUGUUCCUGCUAUCCAAGGAACGGCUUCUGCCCUUUUGUCCAAGGAAAAAACCUCUGCUAGUGAAGACUGAUGAGCUUGCCCUUCAAAUGGAGCUGCCUGAGAAGGAAGAUUCCUCUUCUCCGCCAACCAAAGCACUGUCAGAGACAGAGCAUGGAGACCUGUUCAGCUGUUGUCAAAAGAAGAAUUUUCAAGGAGCCUCUUGCUCCUUCUUUGCCAUUCACAUCACUGCAGCCCUGGUGCUAUUCAUGACUGAUGGAAUUGUGGGUGAAUAUUCUGCCUUUGUAUACACCUACGCAGUAGAUGCUCCACUCUUCAUAGGACAUAAGUUAGCUGGCUACCUUCCUAGCAUCUUCUGGGGCUUUGUCACCUUAGGCCGGCUCAUCUCCAUCCCCAUCUCUUCUCGGUUGAAGCCAGCCACCAUGGUCGUCAUCAACUUGGUAGGACUGGUGGCUACCUUCCUGUUCCUCCUCUUUUUCUACUACAGCGUCAUCUUCUUGUUUGUGGGGACAGCCUUUCUGGGGCUGUUCCUAAGCAGUACCUUCCCCAGCAUGCUGGCCUACACUGAAGAUAUCCUCCAGUAUAAUGGCUGUGCAACCACAAUGCUGGUGACAGGGGCAGGAAUUGGGGAGAUGACACUCCAGCUGUUCAUUGGCUUGAUUAUUCAUGUACUGGGCAAAUACAGCUUCCUGGUGUGUGGAGUGAUCUUUGGCUGUCUGGCUUUUGCCUUCUACAUCAUGCUUCUAUUUUUCCACAGGAUAUACUCCAGGCCCUCAUCAGGCCCGACCUCCAACAAACCACCAGGGAUAGAAAAUUCUGAAGUCCACCAGUCCUAAAAAGUCAGGUGAAGAAGACAAAAGGAGAUCCUUCCCCAGAAGCCCAACACAGACCCCCACCCUUGCUUGAUAAUACUGGAAGAGAGGUCUAAAAUGUUGUUUAAAAUUGCUCCUCUGGAAAAAAAUAAUUUAGACCAACUCUUAGGGCAUUGGCCUAUUUGGCCAUUCCAACUCUCCUUCCUUGCCUGUUUUCCUGGCACACACUGCUAAGAAUUGCCUUUGCUGUCCAGAUGGGAAGAAAAGGAAUACACCAACACAUACAACUUUGAUGCCUCCUGGACAGGACCCUUAGGGUCUUGACAUUCACUCUUUGGAUAUCGUCUGAAAGAGAAAUGGAACCAGGCUUGAAAGAUGAUGAUGCUCAGUGAAACCUGACAAAUGUAGAUAGAUGUGAUAUUUUAAAUUAACCUAGAUGAACCCUGAACUAUUUCCUGAUGAGAUAUAUCCCAAAAGGAACUACUGUGCUUUACUUGGGACCAAUCCAGGGGGUUCUUGACUUUGAUGAUUCGUCCAGAAUUCAGUAAUUCAUCUUCACUGUAAAAUUCUGGAAAGAAAUUUGAAUCUUGAUGGCUCUGGGAAAACAGAAGAGAGGGACAAUGUCUUAUUUUCUGUUUUCCUGAUCCUGUGUGGAUGGGUGGGUGGUUGUAGGUGGAGAGUUCUAGAAUCAGCAGAGAUAGCAGUGAGAAUUUCAAAAUAAGGUUAGAGCUUUACCUCUUCAACUUAGAAAGAUCUUCCUCUCUAUUUUAUAUCAAAUGAUAUUUCAUACAGCAGAGCCAAGGAAAAAAGAAAAGCUGGGACUGCCUAGUACUUGUAAAAAGCUGCACCCUACAUUAAAAGUAGUGAUAGGAAAGGCAAGUUAGGAACACUGUCUGUAAAGUAUCAAGGACAAUGAGAGAAAAGAAUCAUAUUGCUUUGGCUUUUUAAAGAAAUGGAAACCAGUGAUUAUAUUAGUUGAUCUGCACUUUUUGGAUGCAUCAACAGUACAUGCUGAUAUAUCUACAUAAACAUGUUUUUAUAUAUUUGUAUGUAUUAUAGACAUAUAUGUUUAAAUAUGUUUAUAUGUUUAUAUGUGUAUAUGUAGGUGUAUCUACACACACAUUAUUAUUAAAACUAUAGAGAUUAUCAAUCAUCAUCCUUGCUGAGGUUCACUCAAUUCAACAAGCAUUUUAUUUGUAAAAACACUUACCUUCUAUCUUGGAAUCUAUACUAAACAUCAGUUCCAAGGCAGAAGAGCAGUAAGGGCAAAGCAACUGGGGUUAAGUGACUUGCCCGUGGUCACACUGCUAGGAAAUAUUUGAACCCAGGAUCUUCUGUCUCCAGGUUUGGCUCUCUAUCUAUCUACUGAGCCAUCUAGCAGCCCCUCAACAAGCCCUUUUAAAGGACCUACUAUGUGCCAAGCACUGUGCUAAGCAGCAAGCAUACAAAAUCUAAAAUUAGAUUAAAAUAGUUCUUACCUUCAAGGAGCUUACAUUCUACUAAAAGGCAACAAUACAUACAUGGAUGAAUAAGUAUAAUAUAUUCACAAGGUUAUUUGGGGAGGGAAGGGAGAGUACUUACAAAUGGGAAAGAUUCAGGAAAGGUCUCACUUAGGAGAUGGCACUUGAACUAAAGCUUUAAGAAGCUGGAGAUUCCAAGAGAAAGAGGUGAGGAAGAAAGAACACUUGAAAAAUGUGAGAUAGGCUAUCCAAUGGCACCAGUAUGGGAGACAGAAUGCCUUGUAUGGCAUCCUAUAGCUUUGUCCAAGAUUCAAACUCUUUUCAAACCAAAGAAUACAUGCACUGUAUCCUGUUGUCCAUAUGAGGGAAAUAGACUAAGAUACUUAUUUAUAAAAACAAAGCUAGCUUUCUGAAAAAUGGUGGUGUUGGAGUAAUGGCAUAUCCUCCUACAAAAGGGCAGUUAAGGACACGUGUGUUUGUAAAAAUAGUAAUCAUUUACCCAUGCAAAAAGUCCUAGGAUUCAAUCUAGCUUAACUGUUCAAUAUAAUCAUAGUGAAAAACUGCCCUUAGUCAACAGAAAACAGCUGUACUUUCUUCUUUCGAUUAAACUGUAGCCUCGGUUUCAAGGGACGAAUCGGGAGCAAAAUUAAAAUGGCACUUGACCAAUCUGGGAUGGUUGUGAUAUAUGCCUUAUAGGCUCAAAGAAUUACAGCUGGAGGGUACAUUAGAAGCCAUGUAGUUCAGCCCCCCAAUUUUAUAAAUAAGAGGCUGAGGCCCAGAAAGAUGAAAUAGGUAGGCCUCCUCUGAGGUCACACUGCUAGAAAGUAGAAAAGUUGAGAUUCAAACCCUCAGGUCCUCUCUUUCCAAAUCCACAUUUAAGCAUGCCCUUAUUGGAAUCAGGUUAUGAGCAACAGAUGGAUCAUCCUGUAGCAUGGAGAAUGUCUUAAUCCUUUCAUAAGCUAAAAAACAAAGGCUAGCUUUCUUCUGGCCAUGGGAUAGAACUUUCCCAUUCUAUUCAUUCAGAUGGUGGUGUUUCAGAGGCAGGAAAAAACCUUUUGGGUGGCUAGGUUGACAUUCAUUUACCUCUUCCAUAUGUAAUUAGAGGGGUGGAACCCAUCCUUCAAAAAUUUUAGGAGAAAACUGUAGUGGCAUUCUUGGUUCCACUUUCCUUCUCCUCUCUAGAGUUUGAAAUAGCUGCUAGGGAGUCAUUCCAUCCUGUAGACACUUCCUUGAUGCUCUCUGGACAGAACGUCAUCCUUUUAACACAACCUCAGAGCUACUCAUUGGAAAUAAGAUGUCAUAGGCAGGGGGCAGCUAUGGGGCUCAGUGGAUUGAGAGCCUAAUAAAUGUUUACUGCAAGAGAGCUAGGUGGCUCAGUGCAUAGUGAGCCAGGUCUAGAGUUAGGAGGUCCUGGGUUUAAAUCUAGCCUCAGGUACUUGCUCAUUGUGUGACCCUGGGCAAGUCACUUAACUCUUACCACUCUUCUGUCUUGAUUCCAAGAUGGAAAGUCAGUGGGGGUCGGGGGAGAAGAAAUGUCAUAGGCAGAUGACACAACAUCUCCAGAUGGUCAAUAUAAUCAUAUUGUUAUCAUUUACAUAAAAUCUGCAAAAUACUCUACAUUGUCUAAGCUGAUUCACUCAACACUAUGAUAUAGGGGCCAUUGUAAUCUCCAUGUUACAGAUGAAAAAAAGCCUUGCCCAGGGUCAUAAAGCUAAUUAAAGUAUCUAAAGCUGGAUCUGAACCCAAGCCUUCCUGACUCGAAGCCUAACAUUCUAGAACUAUCUGCUACAUUACCCACUAGUCUCACAUGCCUAAUACUGGUGAAUUUGAGGAAGAUUUGGAAUUGUCAAACUAUUUGAAGGGCUAUGGCAACCACCUUGAUAUUCCUCUGCAACUCCAUUAACAUGUGUAAGAAUUAAAUUUUAAUGGUUUGACUAAGAUAUAUGAAGAUUGCAAAUAAUAACUGUGGUUGCCGACUUGAAGUAUUAUUGCUCAAAGUCGACAUGAUACCUCGAGCUGAAGGUGAUUCCUGAGGCUUUUAUUCCUUGAGCCAACCUUCUUCCUUAAGCUGACUUCCUUCUUAAAGUUCAACUCCUUCUUGAAGUCAAAACACAUGAAAAUACAUGUGUAAAACACUGAUACUAUUCCAUUUUAAAACUAAGUCAAUAUGUACCCUUUAAGGAUCCUUGUGUGUAGUUUAGUUGUCCCUGUUUCUCUUUGAGUUUGACACCACUGGGCUAGAUGACCUCUCAAGUCCUCUUCAGCUCAAAGACCCAAUAUAGAGAUGAAGACAACUAUUAGUAUCACAACUAUUUAAUAUCACGGUUCAAUUUAAUAUCAUGGAAUUGCCAUUAUUUUCUUGUCCUUUCAAGGGUCACUUCACUCAGUCUCUCUUCAAAUACCAGUACAAGUAAUUUACCAUGAUCUUUACUGUCUUAACAUUAAAAUUGCUUAGGAUGACAACUUACCUAGUUUAAUCCAAUACAAAUAUUAUUUCUGGCCACUACUAUUUGCUGCCACCAGACACUGCAGGAACAAGUUGGACUAAAAUGUGUUUAACUAAAUUGGCUUUAAAAAUAUAUAUAUUUUGUAAACCAUAAAGUGCUACACAAACAUAUUAAAUUUCCCCAAAGGUGUUUUGACCACUAUUCUUUUGCUUGCUUUAGCCAUCCUAUUUAUCUUUAAAAUGAUUAUGUGAUCAAUUAAUACCACUUUCCUAAAGUGGAUCAACCAGUUCUCAUACAAGUUCAGUAACUUCAAACACUGCUUGUGCCUAAAGCACUGGAUUCUCAUUUUGGUGCAAACAUGGAAGAGAUGUUUCCUUAACAGGAAAAUUGCAGCUAUGACUGACUUUAGGGACUAGAACCAAAGAUCUGAACAGACACCAAAAUAUCCCAUUCAAAUGUUAACAACAAAAAAUUAUGGAGUAGGAAUUUCACAUAUUCAGCAAGCUGUUCAUCUAUUAUGUUUCCAAUUACUGUUUCAACUCUUUUGUGAUACCAAUGACUCUCCUUCCCUCAAGUCUAUUUAGAAAUUUUAAGUCAUCCAAUCCACAUCAAACAUCCAAAGGUAUGGACCCAGGUGACAUUCAUGAAGUACUAGCUAGGUGCAAGGCACUGUGCUAAGAACUGGGGUUUAAAAAAUGAACUAAGAUACAGCUCCUUUCCUCAAGGAAUUUAUCAUUUUGUAGGAAGCUUACAAGUUAUAGUAUAAGAAGUAUAUAGGAGCAAUCUAGAGUAGCAUGAGAGAUAAAUGGAGGGAAAUAUAUCUGGAGGGAACAGGAAAGACUUCAUGGAGAAAGUGGCACUUGAAAAGAAAAAUUUUACCAGGCAGAGAUAUGGGAGGAAAUAAUAUUCAGCAUGGAGCACUGCCUACUCAAGGUAUGAAACAGGAAUGGGAGGAAGUGGGAUCAGACCAUGAAAAUUCAAGUGGUCAAAUUUGCCUGGAAUAUAGGGCAAGGGAAGUAGUGUGAAAUAAGGUUAAAAAGGUAAUCUGGAGACAAGUUAUAGAAGUCUUUGAAUACUAGAUUGAUGAAUGUCUUCUAUUCAAUAAGCAUUGGUUUUUGGUCUUUAGCAAGAUCAAGUUAUGUAGCAAAGUCACAUAUACCGUAGAAUAUCCUGGAAUGAUACAACAAACUAUUCCUUUUGGAAGUCACAAUUCAAGGAAAAACCAUCCAGGGAGUAUUGAAGGGUACACUCUCAUUUAGAAUGAUAUUAAAGUUAUAGUGUUAAAGUCAGGGGCCAGGAGGCCAUGGGCAUGGAUUUGAAGCCAAUGACAUUCACCUGUAUCAUUUUUGAAAGGUUACAGAGAACAGUGCCACAGACCUGGGGAUGGGGGCAAGAAAAGCGAGCAGAAAUCCUAAGUAUAAAUUAACAAGCUUGUCUUCAAUUCUUGGCUCCUUAGCAGAAAAAAGAAAUCAUUUAUUCAGGAAAACAUUUUGUUAAAAAUAUUUAUUAAAAAAAUACAAUUGUUUUGCAUGUCUGGUUGCACAUAUAACUAUUAACAUAUAUGCAUGAUUUUUGACUUGAAUAAAUUUGCUACAAUGCUUUUUAAAAGCCAGUUUGCAUUAUACAAA